GGGAGCUACGCCAACGGAGCAGGAGCAGGAGGAGGUAAGAACGGCGCGGCGGAGAGGAAGCUGGACGAGCUGCGGCGGCGGCUGGGGAAAGCGGAGGGGGACCCGCUCCGGAUCGCCGGCGUGGGCGCGGGGGCCUGGGGGAGCGUCUUCUGCGCGCUGCUGCAGGACGCGUACGGCCGCGACCACCGCGACAAGGCGCAGGUGCGCGUGUGGCGCCGCCCGGGCCGCGCCGUCGACCGCGCCACCGCCGAGCACCUCUUCGAGGUCAUCAACGCCCGCGAGGCCGUCCUCCGCAGGCUCAUCCGCCGCUGCGCCUACCUCAAGUACGUGGAGGCCCGCCUCGGCGACCGCACGCUCUACGCCGACGAGAUCCUCCGCGACGGCUUCUGCCUCAACAUGAUCGACACGCCGCUCUGCCCGCUCAAGGUAGUCACCAACCUGCAGGAGGCCGUCUGGGACGCCGACAUCGUCAUCAACGGCCUGCCCUCCACCGAGACCCGGGAGGUGUUCGGGGAGAUCGGGAGGUACUGGAAGGAGAGGAUCAACCCGCCCAUCAUAAUCUCGCUGGCCAAGGGGAUCGAGGCGUCGCUCGAUCCCAUGCCUCGGAUCAUUACCCCCACACAGAUGAUCGCCAAUGCAACUGGAGUUCCGUUGGAGAAUAUUCUAUAUCUCGGAGGCCCUAACAUUGCUUCUGAAAUUUACAAUAAAGAGUACGCAAACGCUCGCAUCUGUGGGUCUGACAAGUGGAGGAAGCCUCUUUCUAAAUUUUUGCGGCAGCCUCAUUUCAUUGUAUGGGAUAAUAGUGAUCUCAUUACUCAUGAAGUCAUGGGUGGCUUAAAGAACAUAUAUGCCAUUGGUGCUGGUAUGGUGGCAGCACUAACGAACGAGAGCGCAACAAGCAAAGCAGUGUACUUUUCACUUUGCACGUCUGAAAUGAUAUACAUCACCCACCUCCUAGCGGAAGAGCCUGAGAGACUUUCUGGACCACUAUUAGCAGAUACUUAUGUCACACUAUUGAAAGGUCGUAAUGCUUGGUAUGGCCAUAAAUUAGCUAAGGCAGAACUGACUCUGGAAAUGGGGGACAGCAUCAAAGGCAAAGGGACUAUACAGGGUGUCUCUGCAGUCAAUGCAUUUUAUGAACUCCUGAGCCAAGGCAGCAUAAGUGUGACGCACCCAGAAACCAAGAAGCAUGUUGCUCCUGUCGAGCUGUGUCCGAUACUCAAAACACUUUACAAGAUUUUAAUCAAGAGGGAGCUUGGUACCAGUUCCAUUCUGGAGGCGAUACGCGAUGAAUCAAUGUCCGAUCCACGGGAAAGAAUCGAGAUGGCACAACGCCAAUCCCUCUACCGGCCGUCUCUCCUCGGCCUGCCUAAAGGCGAUAUCAAGCCGUAGUAGUUGCAGCCUUUAUUUAUGCAGAAAUGUUGCGAGUUUGCAUGGUUUGCUGAUCUUUCUGUCGGUGUACCCCGCAAGUGCAUAUUUGUGGUAUACAUAUGCUUAUAUGUAGCACAAGUUGAGUUUUUUUUACUAGCAAGGCGAGAUAAACUUCUUAUCGUUCGAGUUGACGCCCACCUGUAUAUACAACCCUUGAUUCAAUUGCAUUUAUUGCUUAGAUGGGAAACGAGGUAGCUGUGAUUCUUGUGAACUUAAACUCGUUGCCCCUGCUUCA